AUGGGUGCUGAGCAGCCGGAUGCCCCCCUACCAGGCCUGCAAAUCAGCAGCGUUUCAGCAUCAGAAACAGCGGCAGCCUCUCCAGCAGGUGGGCACCUACAGCGUGCUGCUGAGCAGCUGGAUGCCUCCCUACCAGGGCUUCAAAUCGGCGGCAUUUCAGCUGCAAUGAUAAUAACAGUGGCAGAAACAGAGAUAACAACGGCAACGGCCUCUGCAGUGGGUGGGCGCCCGCAGCCAAAUGCUGAGCAGCUAGAUGCCCCCAUUCAGCAACUGGUGCCCAGCAACAGCAAGUUACCAAGCCGGACAUCAAAUGACACAAUCAAAGCAGUGGUGGGUGAGUUAAAAACUGCAGUUCACCCCAAAAACCCAGUUUUUUAG